GUUACCAAAAUGAAGAUCUUCGCUCUGUGCGCCUUUUUGCUCCUCAUCCUGGCUGCCGUCCAGGCCAAUAGUUCUCCUGAGACCAGUGCGAUCUCUGAAGGGAACCUUAAGAAAACUGCUGGAUAAUUUAUAAUUUCACGAAAGCUACUUGAAUAUUGGAAUAAAUAUUCUAUUUAGCAGCAGAAUUUGUUGUAUUUAUUUGUAUGCCCUUGCAGAGGGUAUAAUGAUUUCAGACAGAAGUUUGCAACGCACUAAGGGGUACAUUUGCAACCAUUUAAAAUAUGUAUAAAUAAUAAGUAUUAACAGCAGAGUGUAUAUAGCCAUAUAGUCAUUUAGUUAUCCGUAAGUCCGUUUUUGCUCAAAUUAGUCACAUAUUUAAAUCUUUACAUAAAAUUGUUGUUUGAAUUUAAUAAAUACGCAUUACUGCAAAUGUAUAUAAGACGGAAGACAGU